ACUCGCUGUAUUUUGUACAGGCAUUAUCACGGUCACCAACGGGUCCUUCCUCCUUUUCUACGUCUCUCAGCGAGGCUGGCGUUAAGAUGAAUGACACAGUAACAGUCAGGACCCGGAAGUUCAUGACGAACCGGCUGCUUCAGAGGAAGCAAAUGGUUGUCGAUGUCCUGCAUCCAGGCAAGGCUACAGUCCCUAAGACUGAAAUCAGGGAGAAACUUGCCAAAAUGUACAAGACUACUCCUGAUGUAGUGUUCGUCUUUGGCUUCAGAACUCAGUUUGGUGGUGGCAAGACAACAGGUUUCGCCAUGGUGUAUGACAGUCUAGACUACGCUAAGAAGAAUGAGCCUAAACACAGACUGGCCAGGCAUGGUCUGUAUGAGAAAAAGAAGACAUCAAGGAAACAGCGGAAAGAACGCAAAAACAGAAUGAAAAAAGUACGGGGCAUCAAGAAGGCCAGUGUUGGCGCUGCUGGCAAAAAGAAGAAAUGAGGUGUCGGUUUACAGUGAGCCUGGAAAGUUGGGGUGACCUCCGCGCUCAAGAUGUUCUUGUAUAUUGUCAUCGAAUAAAGUUUGGAAAAAAUGGAA